GUGACCAGUUCUCUAGGGAUUGUUCAUCGAAAACGAUAUAAUGUACAUCAAAUGCUUCGUAAAUAUUUUUUUUCUAUUUUUGAAAUUCUCUUCACUUGCAAUCAUGUUACCAAUGCAUAACAAUAAUAUGAACAAAGAACUUGCAUUGCCAACAACAAUUUAUCAUGCAAUGUCUAAACGAGCAACGGAGCAACUAUCAGAUAGAAAUCGAAUAGAUUUUCAAAUAAGAAAUCAUCGAGGAUCAGGAACUUAUAUAUUUGGUUUCGAUACAGGAAGCGGAAAAAAUCGGCAAUUUAAAAUGGAAGAACGUCUUCAGGACGGAAGCGUCAAGGGCCAAUAUGGUUUUUAUGAUGCAGAAGGACAACUUCAAAUUAUCAAUUACAUCGCAGGCCCUAUCGAUGGUUAUCAAGAACGUCAUCAUGAAGCUAUUACCUACAAACCUGAAAUUUAAUCUUACAAAUAAUUCCAUCAUAUUAAGAUUUUUUUUUAUCGUUAGUCAUUAAAUUAUGAAAUCAGAAGUGAAAAAUUUCGUGUAAAUUUGAAACGUGAAAAUUUCUUGCAAAAAUUAAAACAGCCCGGUAAGCAAAAGGCGCGCAACUUGCCAGCAGAUUGGCGACAGAUUUCCACAAAAGUUGCUAGCAGAUUGGCAUCCAUUGUGUCCGCAAUGAUACAAUCCGCAGGCUCACGAUCUGCAAAAUCUGAGCAGAAUCUGUAGCUUCUGGUCAUUCAUAUAAAUAUGUAAUAAAAUCUGAGCAGAAUCUGUAGC